CUCUUUUCUCCUGCCUGUCGUCUACGUAAUCACUGUGCGCAUGAGAUCAGUGUCUAUCUCUCCUCCGUGAUGCCGAGUCGAUUUAGAUUGACUCUCGUGAGCACGUGCCUCUUCGCAUUUCUACGCGCAUGGCUUCUUGAACUUCGCGUGGCCGUCGACGCACAGUUCACAGCCGCCUGCGUAUUUGGCAACAAUCGCAAAGCAGAGGGAGCCACGAGAACAGCUUCAGCGGGACUGCCUUCCCGGUGGGUUAGUGAAGCACCGACAUAAAACGGGACAUGCGUGUGUGUCGUUGUAUGCGUGUGUGUGUGUGUGUGUCAUUACAGAGGUGCCGCCGGCUGGCCUGAAGCUGUCGACGUGUUCCCCACACCCCCUGCUGUACUUCAGAGAUGACGAAGGCGAAGAGAGGGCUUUGGGGCAGUGCGUGGCUGGUAAGUGAAGUCACGAACCGCUUCAUUCACAUCCCUAUGUCUUCCCUUUGCAGAGGAUGACCUGAAGAGACGACUGCGAACAGCACAGAAGAACGCCCUCGGUGUUCCUGUGAGCGCUACUGGGGAGGGCAUUCUCUGCGGUGCUGUGGAUGGCAACGGCGGCACGGCUGCUCUUUCUGUCUGCCCGCCGGACCGACCAAUCUGUGCACGCUCCAGCGACCAGCGCUUCUGCUUCUGCCUUGCUGAUGAAACAGGCGCGAAGAGCCACAAUGCCACAUCCAAUCCCAACAAUUGCAUGUGCAUUUGCUAA